UACCACGUGACUAGUCUAAACAUAACAGGAAAGAUGGCGGAUAUUGGUGCAGCCGAUUCUGCCAUACCUGGUGAAGACAAUAAACAAGAAUCCAAAACAUUACCUCAAGAUGAUAACUCUCCAUCCAGUUCUGGUUUACCAGAUUCAGAAUCAAGUGACCAGGCAACUAAUUAUGUGAUACAAUCUGCAAGUUCACCAUCUGCCUUUACUUCAUCUGACCAACAGCCAAAAAAUGGUGCAUCAGUUUUACAACCCUCAAAAUUAGCAGGCAAUUUUAGACCUGGUGUACCCUCUUUUGGUGGGGAAAGCAAUAUAGGAGGUUCAUUUGGUACCAACCCCUUUGCCCAGAACUCUCCUAGUCAUGUUGAGACUGUGUCUGAAGGUGUUAUAGCUCCGAGUAAGUUUUCCUCAUCUCCCAUGGCCAAUCGGUUCGGUUCAGGAGAAGCGGAAUCCGAUGAUGAAAGAGGUUUUCGUGGGUUUCGAUCUGUUUUGGCACCAUCUAAAUUGGGUUCCAAAAACAAAGAGGACAACAGACAUAGAUUUCAGUUUCGUCCUUCAGUACUUUCUUCAAAAGUUGAUUCAUUAACGAACAAAGAAUGUGGUGUUGCCAGUAGUAAUUCGGUUUCACCAGUAUCGUCAAUACUCAAACCAGCAACAUUACCAGAUCCUAGAUUAACUACUGACAGUUCAGGUUCUGAUAAUGAAGCCCAAGCCAAGUCUGUUUCAUCUAGCGAUAGUAAAACAUCUAGUGUAAAUGAUAACACUGGAUCAACAUCAGUUAUAUCUAGUACAGCACCAGAUGAAGCAUCCAAGGAAAACCAUUUUACAGGUUUACCUGAAUCACGGUUACCUAAUUCCACUUCAAAUCUAGGAAGUUCUGAUUUUGUUUUUGGUCAAAAUUUAUCAAAUCGAGUUACGGGAGUUUCAUCAACUAAUGUUAAUGAUGAUGGUGGACCUGGCUUUUUAUUUGGAGAAAGUUUGGGUGAAAGAGUUAAAAAUGGUGAAGAAGAAAAGAAAGAUGAACCUGAUAGUAAUGAAACAGUUUCUAGUCCAGAACGAAAUCAAACUCUGGCUGAAUCUGCGCGUGAAUAUCAAGCUAAACAAGAAAAUAAACCCGAUUUAAAGGAAGUAGAAGUUGUAACAGGUGAAGAAGAAGAGUCCAAUGUAUUACAGGCUACAGCCAAAUUAUAUUUAUUUGAUGGCGAUAAUCAAACAUGGAUUGAGAGAGGUCAAGGAUUAUGCAGAUUAAAUGACAUGACAUCAAGUGAAGCGGAAUCAUUUCAAUCCAGAUUAAUUAUGAGAACACAAGGUAGUCUACGUGUUAUAUUAAAUACACCUAUAUGGUGUGGUAUGACAGUAGAGAGAGCUAGUCCUAAGAGUGUACGUAUUACAGCAACUGAUGGAGAUGAUGGUGUUAAAAUAUUUGUAAUAAUGUCUAAUCCUAAAGACAGUGAGAAUUUACUACGCGCUAUAGAAUGGCGAAUACAAAGAUUAAAAUCAUCAGAAGAAAAUAAGCCAAAAUCUACAGAAGAUCAGGAUAGAGGUUCAGAAAAACGCAAAGCAGAUUCUACAGAUUAUGAAACUGUUGGUAAAAAAUCAAGACAAGUACCAGUAGGAGUAGCAGAGAGUACAAGAGAAGAGUCUGAUAGCAGUGUACAAGAUCCCGAGACAGAAGGUCCAACUAAUACUUAAACAUCUUGUGAAAGUCAUUCUUCGUCUUUAACAAUAAGAUCUGAAUCAUCGGAGUGAAAGAUGUAAAUACUGUCUUGUUUUAACACAAGGUGAAGAGAGAUUUUACUAGAGAUAUCUGUUAUACUGCCUAGUAUUACCAACGUUUAAUACAUGUGUACUUCCAAUUUGACAAGAACCGUGUGGAAUCGGAUACAUUUCGUCCCAGCGGUGCCAAUAUGGACAUUUUUUUUAUACGUGGACAUUCAUUCACGUGACCAUGUUUAUAAACAGAACGAAAUUUCUGUGAAAUUGAUCGUCUCGAAGAAGCAUUAGAUGUUUUGAUGCUGAAUUUGCCUGAAAGUGCUCUGAACGGAAUUAGAAGUAUGUUUGGAAGCAUGUUCUGAAGGCAGUGACAAGGUGCUUAUGUUUUCUGGUAACUGCAAAGUGAGAGAUUUGUUGUGAUUCCAUGAACAAAAAUAUUUGGUUAACAUUAUGUGUUUGUGAAAGAGAAACUUUCUUUUUCAAGUUUUAUGAAAAUCAUGGAUUUAAAACUCUCCAUAAAUAUCCAAUGAAUAAGGUGUGUGUCUAUUAGAUACACUUGAUAUUUAAAUAAAAGCAGGGAUUAAGUUUUAUGACUUGUGUAUGGAUCUAAACCAACUUAACUUUUGCCAUCUAUUCAAUUAAAAAAAGUAUUUUUAUAUUUGAAAAUGUCAAUAAUGUAUGUUUGAUAAUUAUGAUAAUGACCGAACUGAAAUUAAGUGCCUAUUAAAUUGAAUAAUAAUCUCUUAUUAUCCUUAAAGCCAAUUUUCCAUACAGUUUUGAUGCCUUGUCCAAAUCAUUGAAUUGUGACCGAUAGAUAAGUUGUAUUGAAUUAUUUUAAUGUUAUGAAAAGUCGAGUUCCCUGCAUACAAAUAGAUCCUGUAGAAAAAACAGUAUCCUCGCAACUGGUCUCAACGAAUAAGGUACAAAAACAUGGCUGUCCGUGAACAAUUCUCUUCCUCACAUUAUCUGUGUACCUGUAGUCUUAUUAGAUUACAAAUCCUAUUUUGUUUCAUUUUUAUACUUCAAAUUUUGUUUUAUUUGUCUUCAUGACACUUGAAUAUGGAAGAGUUUAACCAAUCAGGGAUUAACCAAUCAAUUCAGUUGUCAAAUAAAGUAGAAUGGACUGUCAGUUGAGGUCAUUGAAAGUAUUAAAAAAUACCAGAUCGAAUUAAGAUCUGUAGCUGAAUCAGUUACUGUUUUUAUCUCAAAAUGACCAAUGUUUUCUAGGCUAUAAAUAAACUAAAUGUUUGGUGAGGAAGAGGAUUUUAUAAUUAAUAGUUUUAAUGUCUCUGAAAAUGAACUCAGACUUUUGUCAAGCAAGGCUCAGAAAAUGUUAUGGAAAAUAAGCUUUGCUAUAGGAAAAUAAAAACCCCUUUAUAAUCUUUAACUGGGUCACUAACUAGAUAUGAAUAAACUGGUUUACCUUUAUUUGUUUCAUCUUAACCCUUUAGCACUAGGUACAGGUAAAUGUUGACUACCUAGAUUCCUUGAAAAAAAGUAGAGAAAAGUGAUAAUAACGGUAUAUUAAUAACAGUACAUCCCUGAAACCAUACAAGAGAGAUUAAUAAUACCUCUUUGUAUUGUAGGACCAUUUACUAGUUCUUAGGUGUGUUGCAUCUAUUCAUGGGGUGCUAUAAGUAGUUUCGUGCUUUCCAAGUGCUAAAGGGUUAAUUUUUUCAUGAUAUAUGUUAUUGCCUACCUUAUAUGGACAGUUCAAUACGACCUUUUGACCCACCCAGACAAAUCCUUAUGAAAUUAUCUAAUUGAUUUAAGAUUAUUUUAAAUUUGUAAUACAGGGUUGUUGUAAGUGAUAAUAUAUAUUAGCUAUAUGACUCGCACAAUUUCUCGAGUCCUGCAAAAUAUGCUGAUUGUAUUAUAACAUUUUUUUCUAUAUCUGGUGGCCUUUUCAGAAGCACAUUAUUCAUGUAUAAAGGGUAUUAUCAGUACAGGAAAAUCUAUAUAAAGUUUUGGAAUUGGUCAAUAUUUGAAGCUAUGUGUGAUAUCAGUGACUACAUGUACUGAGACACAUGUAGUUGUAGAAAAAUUCAAAUCCAACAGUGUAAUUGCUGGUGUGAGUUAGCAUUAUUAAAAUCCUGAUUACAAGGGUGUGUUUGAUUGAAAGUAUGUGCUUGAUUUCAAGCAAUCUGAAUCAAGAUUAUUUUUCCUCAUUCCAAGUAACAAUCUGGAUUUGAUUUCACAGAAUACAUACAUUACUCUGUCAUAGAUUUGUGAAUAACAUACAUUUUGAAUCUGAAGAAUCCUAACCACAAGUCCAAACUGCUGAUUCAUGUAUCUGAAUCAGACUGUAAAAGGAAAGUGAUCAAUCACCUAAACUAAUCUGAACACUCACUUCAGACAUGUACAACUGAGAGACUGAUACUUUGCUGUUAAAGCAUGUUUGUCGAUUCAGAUUUGAAAAUAUCUAGGAAAACGAACAAAAUAUAUACUGAAUCAACUUCUACUAUCAAAUGUUCCAAAUUUGUGAGAAUGAAUCUGGUAUAUCUAAGAAUGGGUUGUUCCUAGACCAAAUUUUGUUCUACUUUUAUUAAAUAAUUUAAUAUCCAGGAUCAUACCAUUAGCAUUGUAGACAACUUUGUAUCUAUUAUUAGCUCAUACAGGACCGUUUAUAGUCUGAAACAUUAAAACAAUCCUCUCUUAAAAAUAUGUCUUGCAUACUAGGGCUCCGAUUUUGGCCAUGUUUGCAAGUCUUCACUGACUGGCAUUGAAAUUGAUUGGCUAGAGGAAUUACUUGUCAGUCAAUUUACUGGGCAUAGAAUUAGUUAAAUUUAUAGUUCUUAUGUCUAUAAACACUUAUAAAAAUUGGGACAAUUAUGAAAUUGUCAUAUUCUUUGAAAAGUUGAAUAGUUAUCUUGUUUAACAAAAUUGACCAACUGACAAAAUUUGAAGGGAAUGCCCUGGCGCAGACAUAUCUAGGUCUUGAUCUCAGUGAUGGAAAUUUUUGGCACCCAAAGGCCAAAAUGAUUGUUUUCAAGAACUCUUAGGCUAUAAUAAUUCUGUUUAUACUAGGAAAUUGAAGUAUUAAAAUUAUGUGACAGUGUAAAUAGAGAAAUUACAUUCGAAUAUUUCCCUCCCAUACAUUAACUUUCUGGUUUGUCAUUUGUACAGAAAGAACUUUAAAGUUGCUGAUCAUCAUUUGAUGGAAACUGAAUCCCUUACAAACUACAAUAUUGUGAAAGUUGUAUUUCAGUCCAAAAAACAUAUCAGCGUCACCUGUAAGUGUUGGGUUAAAUAUUUUAGUGACCGUCUUUAUAAUCUAAUUGAAUCCAAGUAGGGAUAUUUUGUUUUUGUUUUCUUAAUAAAAUGUUAAAUAAUCAAUUUGAGUACUUUGUAGUGUUUAUUAAGCCGUGAAAAUUUCUAUGUUGUCUGAAAAAUGCAAAUGAGGAUCAGUGGCUUUAAAGAUAAUAUACAUUUUAAUUGUUAUAUCUAUCAAAUUUACUAAGUUUAUUAUCUUAUCAAGUGUUUGGUUACUUAGCAAUCACUGAAGAGUUUUUCACUUGUUUUUUUUUUCUUUCGAGAAAAUGAUAAUGCAUGUAACCAAUAUUGUACCUUUGUAUAUAAUUCAUCUUAAAUAACCUACUAAAAAAAAAUAUUGAAGACAG